GUCUCGAACAAGUGUGCGAGGGUAUUUAGACGGUCGGGCACGUUGAGGCUGCCCUUUUCACACCUCUUUCCUCGCUCCCUUGUAUUCAAUCUAGGGUUUUAGACUACCAACUUCCCCCUUCCCUUCGCUCACCAUCUCUUUGCUAUAUUCUCAAUGAGCAACAACAAGGAUAACUUCAACGUCUCCGAUCUCGGUUCUGCUCUCAAUGAGGAGGAUCGAGCAGGCCUCGUCAAUGCUCUCAAGAAUAAGAUUCAGAGCCUCGCUGGACAGCACUCUGAUAUCCUCGAGAACUUGUCUCCUGUUGUUCGUAAGCGCGUCGAGGUUCUAAGAGAGAUCCAGAGCCAACAUGACGAAUUAGAGGCUAAAUUUUUUGAGGAAAGGUUGGCGCUCGAGGCCAAAUACCAGAAAUUGUAUCAGCCACUGUACUCUCAGCGAUACGAUAUUGUAAAUGGUGUUGUUGAUGCUGAAGGAGCUGGAAAGGAAUCUGCUGCUGGACAAGAAGAGGACAAAGAUGCAGCAGAGAAAGGAGUGCCCGACUUUUGGCUUAAUGCAAUGAAGAACAAUGAAGUAUUAGCUGAGGAGGUUACCGAGCGUGAUGAAGGAGCUCUCAAAUAUUUGAAAGAUAUCAAGUGGUGUAGAAUAGACAAUCCCAAAGGAUUCAAGCUUGAGUUCUUUUUCGACACUAACCCCUUCUUUAAAAAUUCUGUCUUGACAAAGACAUAUCACAUGAUUGACGAAGACGAGCCAAUUCUUGAGAAAGCAAUUGGAACGGAGAUUGAAUGGUAUCCAGGAAAAUGUCUGACCCAGAAGCUACUGAAGAAGAAGCCUAAGAAGGGAUCGAAAAAUGCAAAGCCAAUCACGAAGACUGAAAAUUGUGAAAGUUUCUUCAACUUUUUCAGUCCACCUCAAGUGCCUGAUGACGAUGAAGAUAUUGAUGAGGACACUGCUGAGGAGCUUCAAAAUCAAAUGGAGCAAGAUUAUGAUAUCGGGUCAACAAUUCGAGACAAGAUUAUUCCGCAUGCUGUCUCAUGGUUUACAGGGGAAGCUAUUCAAGAUGAGGAAUUUGAAGACAUGGAUAAUGAGGAUGACGACGACGAGGACAAUGAUGAUGAGGAUGAGGAUGAGGACGAGGACGACGAGGAUGAAGAUGAUGAUGACGAAGAUGAGGACGAAGAUGAAGGUAAAUCCAGGAAAAAGCAGUUGUCAGCUGGGAACAAGAAGGGUGGAAGAGGAGGAGGAGCAGCAGCAGCUGGGGAUGGUCCGCAGGGGGAGAGGCCUCCAGAAUGCAAGCAGCAGUAGGAAUGAAAUCGAUAACGAGUCGGUGAGACUGUCUGUGUGUUAUGAGAGUCCGCUGUACAAGUAAUUUUUGGGUGGAAAAGAGAGCGAGAAUGGCCGCCGGGGAAGGGAGGGGAUGGGGGAUUGGGUUGCAGUUUUUAUAUGGUUCUUUAUUGUCUAUGAUGAUUAAUACUUUGGUAGUACUGAAAGGGGAUUUAGGAGGACAGUCCAUUCCCUUUCCUUGUUCUUUUUUCUUUUUUUUAAAAAAAAAAAAAAAAAAAAAAAUCAAUUGCUGGGUUGUGAAGGGGAUGAUGGGUUUUUUUUUUCUUGCUCUUCCGCGUCUGUCUGUCUGUUGGNUUUUUUUUUUUUUUUUUUUUAAAAAAAAAAAAAAAAAAAAAAAUCAAUUGCUGGGUUGUGAAGGGGAUGAUGGGUUUUUUUUUUCUUGCUCUUCCGCGUCUGUCUGUCUGUUGGGGGGAAGUUGGGAUUAGUUUUUAUGUGAAGUGUUAUUUAUUGAACCUGUUUUUACUCUAUAAGAUGUUGCCUUUCCUUUAUAUAUUCCAUAUCUAUCUUUUAU